CGCAUCUCGCACACUUCGCGUUCUCGCCGUACUGAGCGGCUGUCAAGCUUCCCAAACCAUGGUGGCGGCGAACCUGCUCUCCCGCUCCCUCCUCCCCGCCCUAAACCCUAGCCCGUCCGCCCACCGGAACCGCGGUAGCGCCGCGGCCGCCGUCUCCUUCCCCCGCCCCCGCCGCCACGGCCGCCUGUCCUCCGUGCGCGCCUCCGUCUCCACGGCCUCCCCGUCCCCGCCGCCGCAGCCAGCGGCGGCGGCGGCGGCGCCGAAGCACUGCUUCCGCCGCGGCGCCGACGGCUACCUGUACUGCGAGGGGGUGCGGGUGGAGGACGCGAUGGCGGCGGCGGCGCGGAGCCCCUUCUACCUCUACAGCAAGCCGCAGGUCCUCCGCAACUUCGCCGCCUACCGCGAGGCGCUCCAGGGGCUCCGCUCCGUCGUGGGGUACGCCGUGAAGGCCAACAACAACCUCCCCGUGCUGCGCCUCCUGCGCGAGCUCGGUUGCGGCGCCGUGCUCGUCAGUGGCAACGAGCUCCGGCUCGCGCUCCAAGCGGGAUUCGACCCCACCAGGUGUAUAUUUAAUGGAAAUGGGAAGACAUUGGAAGAUCUCAAAUUAGCUGCUGAGAGCGGGGUAUUUGUAAAUGUGGAUAGCGAAUUUGAUUUAGAGAAUAUUGUCAGAGCUGCAAGGGCUACAGGAAAGAAAGUGCCUGUUUUGCUUAGAAUAAAUCCAGAUGUGGAUCCGCAGGUACAUCCGUAUGUUGCCACUGGAAAUAAAACUUCCAAAUUCGGGAUCCGCAAUGAGAAAUUGCAAUGGUUUCUGGACUCUAUCAAGUCAUACUCGAAUGAUAUCAAAUUGGUUGGUGUUCAUUGUCAUCUGGGGUCUACUAUUACAAAGGUUGAUAUAUUUAGAGAUGCUGCAAUUCUUAUGGUGAAUUUUGUUGAUGAAAUUCGAGCACAAGGUUUUGAGUUGGAGUACCUGAACAUUGGAGGUGGUUUGGGAAUAGAUUACCACCACACUGAUGCAGUCUUGCCUGCACCUAUGGAUCUCAUCAACACUGUGCGAGAAUUAGUUCUCUCUCGAGAUCUUACUCUUAUCAUUGAACCUGGAAGAUCCUUGAUUGCUAAUACUUGCUGCUUCGUCAAUAGAGUAACUGGUGUUAAAUCUAACGGUACAAAGAAUUUCAUUGUUGUUGAUGGCAGCAUGGCAGAACUCAUCAGACCUAGUCUGUAUGGAGCAUACCAGCAUAUCGAACUGGUCUCUCCCCCCUCUCCUGGUGCUGAAGUAGCGACCUUUGAUAUUGUCGGACCAGUUUGUGAGUCUGCAGAUUUCCUUGGAAAAGAUAGGGAGCUUCCAACACCAGAUGAGGGAGCUGGACUGGUUGUUCAUGAUGCAGGUGCCUACUGCAUGAGCAUGGCUUCCACCUACAACCUGAAGUUGAGACCGCCAGAGUACUGGGUGGAAGAGGACGGUUCUAUCGUAAAGAUCAGGCAUGAAGAGCAGCUUGAUGACUACAUGAAGUUCUUUGAUGGUCUUCCUGCUUAGACAUUUAUCUACAACUGUGAUGAGCACACGUUUUCUUGGGGGAUAAUUAGACUUUCUUUGCCAAGUCCAUUUUACUUUCUUGUGGUUGUAGUGGAAUGUGUGACUGGAUAGUUAAUUUGGUUUGUUGGUGUACCCUCCAUUUUACCAAUUUUGUAAUAUACUGCAAUUUAAAGCCAGAAGUUCUUACCUGGAUAAAAAGGCACAGUGAAUAAGUCUGCCGUCCCGAUGUCUUGCGUGCCGAAUGCAUGCUAAGUCAUGGACGAUGAAUAAAUAUAAGCUUAUGCUUGGCGCAA